AUUUAAAAUUUUUCAACCGUUAGAGACCCGAUUCAGAUUUCUCCAUUACUGAACCAAAAUAAUCAUUUCCCUUUAUUUAUUUGUUCCCCUAUUCCCCUACGAAAUUUGAAAAAAGGGAGGAAGGAAACUAGAUCGAAGGAAAGCGGGGGUAAAGCUCGUUACGAAACAAAUGAAUGAGAAUCAGCAACCUUUUGGCGCUCCCUCUGACCAAUCAAACUCACUUCGCCGCCAUCCGACAAACACUCCGCCAUAAUCACCACGGUGGCGUCGACAUUGCUGCCUAUGGCGCCGCCAUACAGCGUUGUGCCGACCGCCGCCUCCUCCGCCAGGGCAAGCAGCUCCACGCGCGCUUCUUCCUGUUCUCCAUCACACCCAAUAACUUCCUCGGCUCAAAGCUUGUUACGUUCUAUGCCAAAUGCAACCUCAUGCACCAUGCACGCAAGGUGUUCGACGAAAUACCGAGCAAGAACUCCUUCUCCUGGAACGCAAUGCUCAUGGGCUACUCAUUCAACGGCAUGUUCCAUAAAACGCUAGACCUCUUUUACACCUUUUCUUUUACCCACACCGUAUGCAUUGAUAAUUUCACCAUAUCGUGCGUUUUGAAGGCGCUUUCUUCGUUGUUUUGUAGCUCAAAUUCGGCUAAAGAGGUUCACUGCUUUGUUAUUAGAGGCGGCUUGGACAGAGAUCUUUUUGUUAUGAAUGCUUUGGUUACGUGUUACUCGAGGUGCGAUCAGGUUGUACUUGCACGGAAGGUGUUUGACGGAAUGCCGGAGAGAGAUACUGUGUCGUGGAACUCAAUGAUUUCGGGGUAUUCGCAAGGAGGGUUCUAUGAAGAGUGUAAGAGGCUGUAUUUGGAGAUGUUGGGUGUGCCGGAUGCAGCUACGGUUGCGAGUGUGAUGCAGGCAUGAGAUGCUAGUUUGGCGCUUGGCCUCUAUGCUCGGAUGCUAGAUGAAGGAAUUAAGCCUGAUCCAGUUACAAUAACUGCAGUAUUGACAGCUUGUGCUCAUUCUGGAUUAGUAGAUGAAGCUUGGGAUAUCUUCAAUUCAAUGCCAUCAAAUUGUGGAAUUCAGCCAUUGAUGGAACAAUAUGCUUGUAUGGUGAGUGUUCUUAGUCGAGCUGGGAAGCUCUCAGAGGCAGCAGAUUUCAUUUCCAAAAUGGCAAUUAAGCCAAGUGCUAAAGUCUGGGGUGCGUUGUUACAUGGGGCUUCUGUUUAUGGUGACGUAGAAAUGGGCAAGUUUGUGUGUGAUCAUUUGUUUGAGAUUGAACCUGAAAAUACUGGAAAUUACAUAAUUAUGGCGAAUCUAUAUUCACGUUAUGGGAGAUGGGAAGAAGCUGAUGAUGUCAGGGAAAAACUGAAAGGAAUCGGGUUACAGAAGAUCCGUGGAAGUAGCUGGAUUGAAACAAGUAGAGGGCUAAUAAGCUUCAUUGCCAAGGAUGUAUCAAAUGAAAGAUCUGAUGAGAUCUAUGCAUUGCUGGAAGGGUUGCUUAGUUUGAUGAGGGAAGAAGGAUAUGCUCUGCGGGAUGAGUUAGAUUCUGAGACUUCUUUUGGUUAACAAUUAAGUGUUAAUUUGUGGUUAAAUAGAUUAGUGCAGAAACUAAACAGUACUUGUCUACCCAGAAAAAAAGUAAUGCUUUCCUGGAUUCUCUAGAUGAGGGUUUACUCUCCUUUCUAUGAAGUGUUAGUAGAAAAUUUAUGGCUGCUGAGUACUUCCUGUACACCUCACAACUGAGAAGACAAACAGAGGUUAAAAUGCUAGAAUCACUGAGCACCAGCAUAGCACCUAUUUAAUCUUGCUAUUUGGUGUACAAAGAGGUUAAAGGUCUUAUCUUUGAUUCAUAUAUUCAUAGUUCUUCACUUAAUAUUUAAGAUUUUAUU